AUGCUGCGGCCGCACGAGUCGGGCAGCGAAGUGCUUUCGGUCAACUUCAAUCAAGACUUUUCCUGUGUUGCUACUGGCACAAAGGCUGGGUUUUUGAUUACGAAUUGCGAGCCAUUCGAGGAUGGCCCGGUCGGGUUGGCUGAGAUGCUCUUUUGCACAAGCUUGGUGACGAUUGUGACUUUGUCCGACACGGAUGCAAGUGCGCGUAGGCUUCAAGUGCUUAAUACCAAGCGGCAAUCGAUCAUCUGUGAGCUCACGUUCCCAAGCGCGAUCCUCAACGUUCGUUUGAAUCGGAAGCGGAUCGUGGUCGUGUUGGACACUUCCAUCUACGUAUAUGAUAUCAGUAACAUGAAGCUGUUGCAAAUGAUUGAGACGCGGGAAAAUGCUCAAGGCUUGUGUGCUCUCGCGCCGUCCGCGGAAAAUUGUUUUCUUGCGUACGCAACGCACAGCGGCGCGGAAACAAGCACGUCGGCCGCCCGCGAUGUUCCUGGAAAUGUGGUUCUGUAUGAUCUUUUGGCGCUCAGGAUGGUGAAUAUGAUUCCUGCGCAUCGUACGCCGAUUGCAGCGCUAGCAAUGAAUGCAGAUGGGACGAUGCUUGCCACUGCGUCAGGCAAGGGCACCGUCAUUCGCGUAUUUUCCGUGCCGGAAGGCCAGCUUUUGUGCCAAUUCCGGCGUGGGACGUACCCUGCCAAGAUUUUUAGCAUCACGUUUAAUGCGGCAAGUACUUUGCUUUGUGUGACGUCGGACUCCGACACGGUGCACCUUUUCAAACUCGCGCCGGCACAGGGAGCGCCCGCUGCGCAGGACCCAGUCGCUGCGGUGGAACAAAAGCGAAGGGGCUCUUUCAUGCAUCGGCUACGCAGGCAAUCGGAAGGUAUGAGCAAAGGCGUGGCAGACACGUUUAGCACGCUGCUGCCCACGUCCUUGGCGGAAAUGCUGGAAACCGAACGCGACUUUGCGCAUGUGAAACUCCCGAGUACAAAGCCAAGCGCUAUCGCGGCAGUAAGCAAUACACAACCGGUUGUCAUGGUAAUUACUUCAGACGGCUAUUUCUAUACAUACGCACUCGAUCUGGAGCGGGGUGGCGAAUGCAAACUAACCAAACAAUACUCGCUAGUAGAGAAUGCACGGGAAGAGUAG